UUAUUUUGUAAUAUUCAUUUAUUCCUUUAUUGAAUGUCAUUUGACUGAUUCUAUAUUUCACCCGGAAGUAAAUUACACCGCCUGGCUCGCGCUCACGCAUGUCUCACUUACAACACACGAUGACGACGAUAGAUCGACCUCCAGCGAGUUCAUGGAUCAUGGAUGCUAUGCAGUACAUGCUCUUCAAAGGCCCUCAACGGGUGAAUCUACGUGAAGAAGACAUGUCAACACACAAAAUUGCAACUAUUUUUGAGGUUUCACCAUCAUCUGUGUUUCUCACUGAUGCUUCUAACAUGGCUGUGUUUCCAUCGAACGGGUACUUCAGCUCGGUGGAUUUGACACCCCGAGCCCAGUACGAGGUACACGGAGCAGCCUUCGAACCCCAGCCUCCGCCCCAACCACGCUUUGCCUUUGCUCGUCAAGGUGCCAGUGCAUCCUCCACUUCAAGUGCAUCAGUAGGCCUACCCCCAAGGGCCACACAGUCAAAAUCAUAUCAGAGAUCUGUGUUCAUGGCUGAGCUUGUCAACGGCAGGUUGCAACCCAACAGAAUGCUGGUGAUCAGAUUCCAGGAGGGGGAUGCCACAGUUCAGGGCAUUCUUGCCAAAGUGCAAGAUGCCCUAGGGGCCUAUGACCCCCUGAUCCUGACUGAUGGGCAGGGAAAUGAAAUACUGGACUCAGAGGGAACCAGAGGCUCCAUAUACUGGAAGCAAAAUGCGAGAAAAAUUCUUGCCCUUCCGGAGAUGCACUUCGCUGAACUAAAAUCAGAGAAACGAAGGAAAUCAAGCCGAAAUGAUGAUGCAAUGGGCCUCCAAGAGGCAUAUGAAAAAAUUGAAGAGGUGGUUAUGGCGGCCCAGUCCCUCACAGAUGUGACCGAUGCCAUCAAAAAACUCUCCAAGCUGGCCAUCGAAUCCAGAAGUACACAUAUCUUGACUGAGGAACAAGCUGAACAUAUCAGAGCUGCAUUCAGCUGCUGUGUGUGUAAAGGGCCAGUGAUGGACCCAAUGCUGGCAACUUGCUGCAGGGCAAUCCUUGGAUGCAAAACCUGCAUCACACGGUCACUGCACACAAGCAACGAAUGCGUAAGAUGUAGGGCAGACAACCUGGCCUUGAAUUUGGUGGAGGUGUCUGGGCUUUCUGAGGCCCUGAAUGCCUUAGAAGUAAUUAUUAAGGUGGACUAAACACCUUAUACGUUAUCUGCCAAUGUUCAUUUGUAAGCCAAAGGAUAUUUUUAUCCUAAGUAAAGUAAAAAAGAGAAAGUAAAAGAGAAAUGCUUUAAAAAGACUUAUUUUAUGUUUACAUGUUUAUACGAGUUUAUUUUUUACUUUUUUGUCUAGCAGCUUUUUGCAAAACACUGCCAUGUUGGAGGCAUCCGUGAGAAACAGUUGAUGGUUAAACCUUAAAAAAAACACAUUGUUUAGUUGAUUUUCUUUAUUGAUAAUGAAAGAGAAAGUAAAAGAAAUACUUUAAAAAGACACAUUUUUGUUAACAUGUUUAUAAGAGUUUAUUUUUUUAGUUUUUUGUCGAACAACUUUUUGCAAAACUUUGUUAUUCAGCUGAGCAAACACUGCCAUGUUGGAGGCAUCUGUGAGAAACAGUUGGUGAAACCUUGAACAUAACAAAAAAAUGUA